ACCAAGAGCCUGAGAUCCCAGCACUAGGCCUUUUUGUAGUCCUCUUGAGAUCAAUAGCCUGCCAGGAAAAGGAGACUGAAUCCCAGGGUAACUCCAGGCGGUUUCUACUUUCCAGUGGGAUUCGCUCACAUACAAGCAGAUCCACGUUGUGGAAUUAAGAUCUCACUCUUGUGCAACAGAACCAUUUCCCCACUUGCAAUAAGAGAAUGAGGGGGGGGGGGAAUACAGUGGCAAGAUAACACUUGCUCUAACACAACAUUGUCUAGCCUCUCAGGAGCCAAAUACAGUGGUACCUCUGGUUAAGAACUUAAUUCGUUCUGGAGGUCCGUUCUUAACCUGAAACUGUUCUUAACCUGAAGCACCACUUUAGCUAAUGGGGCCUCCUGCUGCCGCCAUGCCACCGGAGCACGAUUUCUGUUCUUAUCCUGAAGCAAAGUUCUUAACCUGAGGUACUACUUCUGGGUUAGCAGAGUUUGUAAUCUGAAGCGUUUGUAACCUGAGGUACCACUGUAAUGCUUAGUAAACACCUCACCUGGAAGAGACACCUGGGCAUGAUGACCCUGUGCCGGUGGUGUGCAGCUUUCAAUAAGAUUAAAAAUAAAAAUCUGAUUUUCAGGACCUGAACCUGUGGGUAUUAUUUCUGAGCUCCUUGGACAAAAAAGGUGGGAUAUAAAUGCCACCAUUCCAUCAAUCAACAGUCGGACCCAAUAGUUCUUCAUUGCACUUACUCAUAUAGUCUGCCAAUCUAUUUAUUCCAUUUACAUCCCAGUUUAGCUCCAAAGAGCUCCACGCAAUAACAUUCCCCACUGCCAUUUUAUCCUCGCAACCCUGUGAGGCAGGCUAGGUGGAGAAGUAGUGAGGAUUAUCACCUAAUAUGCUUCACAACCGAUAGGGGAUUUGAAUCCAGGUCUCUCUGAACUUUGUUCUGUAUUCUAAAAAGCACUAUACCACCCUGGCUUUGUCUUAUCCGUCCAUCCCCUAUGUUGCUUUUUGUUUGCAUUCACACACACCCUUUUGCUCUUGUCAACCUUUCCACACCCUCCCACUCCUUUUGUCUAUAUUGCUGAGAAACACAGCACCCUGCUCUUCUAUAUAAUAAAUGAUCAGGGUGGGAAGAGGUGGCUUAAUUUGGGCUUGCAAAUAGCCACUCAGUUGGUUUCCUUCCUUCCCCAAUAAUUAUAAUAGGUAAGUUAGGUGCAUACUUCACAGUGCAACCAUAUGCAUGUUUACUUUGACUUUAGUCCCAAUGUGGUUGUUUUUUUUGGGGGGGGGUGGCUACUCCCAGCUACAUUUGCAUAGGAUUGAAAUCUAGCUCCCUCCCAUUCUUUGGCCUCUGUGUCUUUCUGUCUGGUUGAUGGUUUACUGAUCUAUGCUGUCUAUCUAUGUCUGUCUAUCUAAAGUCUAUCUAGGGUAUACCAUCAGUCUACAUGGUGUGUUUCAGCACCAGCAGUGAGGAAUAUUGCAAGACGGGGGAAGUGUCAACAGAGCAACGGCUUAGUCUUCUGUCCAUCCCUCAAUCACCAGUCCGUAUGCUGCUUCCGUCCAUGGUUUUUGUCUUCCCAAUACCCCUCUCCUCCCGCAUCAUCUCCCCCCAGUCACUCUCCAGGCUGGCACAUGGUCGGAAACAGAGCUGAGCAAGGCAUUAAGAGGAGGGAGGCCAGGAGGGCAAUCAAGAAGGAGGGAGCAAGAAAGGCCCAUGAUGCCUAAAUCCGAUUUGCCUUGCGUUAAAGAGCUUGGGGGCAAAUGUGAUCAGUGCAACCAAAAUAGCCCCUCUCUUUGUGUGUAUAAUGUGUGUGUGUGUGCACGCAUGCACACUCACAGCCACCAGGUGUGGCAAGCGGAGGGCUCCGUGGUCCUCUCAACCCUCUUCCCCCGCCUCAGGGAGUCUAUAUAAGAAGGUGCCAAGGUGCCAGCCAUUCCACCAGCUUGGUUGAAACAGGACAAGGCGGACGAGCUCGGAGCAUUGGCGGUGCAGGGUGAGCGUACAGCCAAACCAUGGGCAAUAGUAAGAGUGGGGCCCUCUCCAAGGAGAUCCUUGAAGACCUGAAGCUGAACACCAAGUACUCAGAGGACGAGCUGUGUAAAUGGUACGAGAGCUUCCAGAAGCAGUGCCCGGACGGGCGCAUCAGCAGGUCCGAGUUCGAGAAGAUCUAUGCCCAGUUCUUCCCCAACUCUGACCCCAAGGUGUAUGCCCGGCACGUCUUCCGAAGCUUCGACACCAACGAUGACGGGACCCUCGACUUCCGGGAGUACAUCAUUGCCCUCCACCUCACCUCCACCGGCAAGACCAACCUUAAACUAGAGUGGGCUUUCUCGCUCUUUGACGUGGACCGCAACGGAGAGAUCAGCAAGAACGAGGUUCUUGAGAUCGUCACGGCCAUAUUUAAGAUGAUUCCUCCAGAAGAGCAGAAAACCCUGGCUGAUGAUGAAAACACCCCCCAGAAACGGGCCAACAAGCUGUGGUCAUAUUUCGGGAAGGGAGAAACAGACAAACUUGCUGAAAAGGAGUUUAUUGAAGGGGUGAUGAAGAACGAUGCAAUAAUGAAGCUCAUCCAGUACGAACCAAAGAAAAAAUAGGGGGUUGGGGGUUGGGAGGAGGAGGAGGAGGAGGAGGAGGAGGAGAAAACACAGAGAUGUAAGAAUAAGUGUGCGCAUGAUGGGAAAGAUAGGGACACUGAACACCCCUAACCAUGUGUGUGUGUGUGUGUGUGUGAACAUGCAAAAGUACAGCUAUAAAAAUAAGUUUGUGCCCCUUUCAAUACAAUCCCCAUUACAUUCUCUAUUAGCCCACUUCUUUAAUUUACUGGGAUUUUUCCAAUGGGGGAUGUAGACUUGGCAGCCAUAAGAACCAUUUACCUUAGCAGGUAUUUUUGUUUUGUUUUUUAAAAGUAGCAGUAGUAAAGAGUUGAGGAGGGACAGAAACAAACAAGGAAAGGAAACUGGGGGAAAUAAGAGGAAAUGGAUGAGGACCAAGGUUUGAGCAGACAGACCCAGGCUCAAAUCUCCACUUAGCCAUGAAGCUGAGUGACAAAAUGCGCAAAACCUUACAGGGCUCACGCUGUGCUCUCUGUGGGAUGCGAUACAAUAGUAAUAAAUAAAAGGAUCGGCAGUAGAGGCCUCUUGAGACCAGAAAUAACAGCAAUCUACGUUUUCCAGCCCAAAGGCUGCAUUAUAUCUAUGGCAAAAAUGGACAGAAGAAAUGGGAAUGUGCAGUGGGGCAGUUUCCACGCAGACUUAUACCCCUCUCUACCUUCCAUCCAGGCAAGAGAGAGGCAUUAUCAGAGUUCAAAGGCACACUUGAGUCAGGCAUACAGUCAAGGAGGGUGUGAAGCGAGGCAGGUGAGGAGGUGCGACUUGGAGAAAGAGGGUGUGAUCUAGGGAAAGUCCCAAGGGCCAGAGAGAGAGAGAGAGAGGUUUGGAGGGCCACAUUUGGCCCUUAGUUCCCCAUCCCUCGAUUAUCUUUUAAAAAUAGGGGCAAAGACCAAAACAGGUGCCCUGACUUCUGCACCAUUCCCCUCUCUUAAAGGAUCCUGGGUAAUCACCCAGUACCACUCUAUUCUCUCUGCUACUCAUCAUUUAGGAGUCCUGCCUGUCAGUUGGCCCACUAGCUCCCAGUUCAUAAAUCUCAUCCAGAACCAACUUCUAAGAUUCUCUGUGGGGAAGCCAUGGCGGACGAAAAGAGUGUAAAAACAGCUAAACAUGUAGCGCAGGUGUCUCUUUAGCUGCCAGCUUCCCCUGGCUCGCAACUGCUUGCUAACAUAUCCCGUUAUAUUUCAAGAGGACAGGGGGGGGUGACUUGCAGGCCCCUAUGCUAAACAUACUUACUUGGAAGCAAAUACCACACUGAACUCCAUGGGACUUGCUUCCUGGUGAGCAGGCUUCGAACUGCAGUUUCUCUGGACUGGGGUCACUGAGCCUGCAUUUUUUUCGUCUGAAAGGUUAGCCCAGUAUGGCUACUACAGCAUUUAAUCAGCACAUUCACCCUUGUUUCCUCUGCUCCUGUUGAAGGUUAAUACUUUCUCAGUCCAUAUCCCGCCUUUCCCAAAAUUAUAUUUAAAAUGUAAAGCUUACAAAUCCCGCCCAUCACCUCUCCCCCUGCUUGUUUCGGAUGAGAGGGCUGGGUGGGCUUAACAAGAGAUAUCUAGA